AACAGAAGGAAAAUGAACCAGCUGCAGGCUUUGCUCUUAUCAGAACAAUGCAUGUGGAAAAUGCAGCUAUCAUCAACAUAAAGGAAGGACAAGUCUGUCCAUCAACCUCUGGCUUUAAUGUGCCACCAGAGAAUGCUUUAAACCUUAUCUAUGCCUUCUACAAGAACUUACUGAAAGUUAGAAGUGGAGGACUCUACUUCAAGGAGAAGUAGUAUAAAUGUGUCCUUGCGGAUGAGCAUUCCAUCUAUCUUCAAAAUCCAGAUGGAGGCCUGAUUGUUGUGAAGACAAAGACUUUCAUCCUGGUCGCUACUUACAAAGCAGGUGUGUAUCCCAGUGUGUGUGUGGAAGCUGUGGAGAUACAAGGGGAAUAUUGCAAACCCCAGCCCUUCCCAGACCAGCUGCAGAAUCCUGAUUGCAUCUCAAAUGUAGCUUUUCCUUUAUGUGGAGGUGCUGGCAAGGCAAAACCACUCUUCAUUGUCCUUGGCUGGGGAGCUAAAUAA